AUCUAUGAACAUAACACAAUUUGAAUAUCAAAGAUAUGCAAGAUAUUCAGUGUUCUCAUGUGAUCUAAAAGAUAUGAAAGUUAUACUGUUAGACACUUGUUCAAAUAUCCACAUUUUUCUUAUCAUACUAAAUAUAGUGUUUGGGCACAAAGAGGUUAAUUUAUUGGGUACAGUGUGUACAGUGUGUUGUUCUGCUCCCCUCCUGCGAUGAACACUUGUAGGUACAACAUCCACUGCGCAUGCGCAGAGCCUGUAUCUGUGUCCAGACAUCAUCACAGGUUGCGCUGCACAUCCUCUUCCACAACGAGGGAUCUUCUUCCUUCUUUUCUGCCCCCUUUUUUUUUCUGUGUCCGCUGCCGCUGCUUCUGCUGCGGUGUCAAAACAACAGCACGGAGGGAGUAGAAGCCAUACGAUGAAGAAACGUUAUGUGGACGCGAGCAGGCUACGGAAAAUGAAAAAACUGAAAAUAACGGAGAAGCUGUCUGAAAGUGCGUACACCUUCCUGAAGUUUAUGAUGAUGUGGACGCUGGUGCUGCUGGCAGAUUUCAUCCUUGAAUUCAGACUGGAGUACUUGUGGCCCUGCUGGCUCUUCUUUGGAAGCGUAUACACCACUUUCCACUGCCACGGGCUGAUUAUUUGUGUUGUUUUUGUUUGUGCUGCCUUCACUUUGGACAUCUUUUGUUUAAUCUUUGUGCCUUUGCACUGGCUGUUCUUUGUGGCAAGCACCUAUGUGUUAUUCAAUUACAUAUGGCACACAGAGAAAGGCAUCUGUAUAUCGACGGUGUCCCUGUGGAUUCUGCUUGUGUACACAGAGGCGUCACUUCGACUCAAAGACCUUAAGACCUCUCAUGCUAACCUGUCUCAUCUUUUUGCUGCACACUGCAUCGGAUAUCCUGUCGUGUAUCUGGGGUUUGAUGCCACCUGCUACUUCACCAACAUCUUCAAGCUGCGCAUACAGAAAGCUGUGCAGAGUGAGAAUGACUUCCACAUGCACCUCCUGCAGCACUCGCUCCCUCCAGGCCUGCAGGUUUACCCCAAGACUGGCACAGAUGGCAGCAGCAACUCAAAAUGGAAGAUAAAACCUGAGUCGACUCAGUAUCAGUGUCAGAACGGCGCUGUGGUGGCCCAGGAUGAGGUGCACACUGUGGACUGCCUCCAGAUCCGCAGUGAAGAGAGAGCGACAGAGAAGGGAACGCAGGAGGUGAGGCCAGCUGAAUCAAACCGGCGGCCGUUAUCGUCCAAACCUAGUGAGUCCAGAGAUCUGCUGCCCUGCGGGGCAGGAGGACCGGAAUCCACCACCUCCCCGGAGAAUCUACCUCAAGAUGAGCAAGGAAGCAAAGCUACACGGGCGGCUAAAAGUUCCUCGCCAAAAGCCAGCAGAGGCAGCACAAACACUCCUUCACCCCCUGCAGGGAGGACCGAGAAGAAGCAGAGAUCCAGCUCAAAAACAGUCAGCCCCAACCGGGACGUCCCGGAGAAGAGUGCCACAGCAGCUCACAAUCACCACGCUGAGCAGAUGACCAGGCUGGAUCAGGAGCUGAGGAGGCUGAAGGGCGAGCUGCAGGUGAGCAGGCAGAGCGAGCAGGAGCUGCGAAGUCACAUCUGCAACUUGACCAACAGCGAGAGGAGCCUGAGACCAGAGGUUUCCCUGCUCAGACAGUCCAACAUGCUGCUCCAGAGCAGGAUUCUGUGUCUGUCUAAAACUAAGCAGAGGGACAGACAGAGCAGUGCGAUGCUGGAGAAGAAGACCAGAGCCGAGACGGAGGCCAGACUCUCUGUUGAGAAACAGUUGGCGGAGCUUCAGGCUCAGAAACUGGAGGAAGCAGCCAGCACAGCACGGAGUCUAACGAACCGGCAGGAACACUGUGAAACCCAAAUGUUAAGGAAAAGAGUUAAAGAUCUAGAGACAGAGUACAAACAACUACAGCUGGAGUGUCAAGUGAAAGAGAGUCGUGUGGUAGAUCUAGAGAGUGAUAUUGAGGCUCUGGGAAAGUACCGUUGUGUGGAGAAAGAGACAGACAUGCUGCUGUCCACUCUGUCAGCCAUGCAGGAGAAAGCUCAACAUCUGGAGUACAACCUGAGCGCAGAGACUCGCAUCAAACUGGACCUGUUCUCCGCUCUGGGAGACGCACGCCGACAGCUGGAAAUCGCUCAAGACAAAGUGAUGAGGCAGGACCGGGAGAUAAAGGAGAUGAAGCAGAAGAUUGCGGAGGUGAUGGCCGUCAGCCCCGGCGUAUCCUACAUGGCUCCUCGGGCUCCGGUGCCGCAGUAUCUCACCAAGUUACUCAACUCUGAGCGCUACAUGCUGAAUCCACGAGCACUGAUGUACCAGUGUCUGAAGAAGUAAAGGAUGUCAUCGCCUUUUUUUUUCCGAUCCUCAGACCCCUCCGUCAUAAAACAUGUGGGGAAGGGGCUAAUGGAUUCCAUGACAGAGCUAAAAGACACCGUGAAGUCAUCUUCUUCCAGCCACGAGUGGAACCAGGAUGAACCUCCACAAGUCGAAUGCCUUUCGCUGCACUGAUGGUACUUACUAACAUUAACAUGUACAUUUCCUCCCACAUCAAGGGUUUCACUCCAAAAUCUGAUAUCUGAUAUGCAGAGCUGCACAAACAUGUAAAGAUACAGCAUAAACCAUGGAUUUGGGACGCAUCAGAGAAAAGCACAUUUCUUCAAAUUCAGACCCUGUAAAUGUGUCUGAAUGAAUGAUUUCUGGAUAUGUAAGUUCAAAAAGUAGAUAAAUCUUGCUACCCAGCAGACGCACUAACUUACUUAUCUACCUUUAAAAGGCAGAUUAACUCCGUAAAAUAUGUUAAGAACCUUUGUUUUAAUUAUACGUCUGUUGGGAUAUUGAAUUCAAAAUAAUAUAACUUUUUAAAAUCUGAUUUUAAGUCAAUAUUAGAACAAAACGAGUGUUUUUCACAGCCGGCUUUUGACUUGUCCUAAGAAAAGCUAAUAACGUUAACAACGGCUCUGUUGUAUUCAAGCGUCGCGACCAUGAAACUGAAGUUUAAUGGAUUCAUCUUUAGUUUCAUUAUUCACACCUCUGCUUGUCCCACUGUGACAUGUCCAAAUGUCUUCUGUGAAAAAGGCUAAUUAAAACAUUAAGAUAUCAUGCCGUGUUGAGACUUAAUAUGAAUUAAAAAAAGAUGAUAAAUGACCAUAUUUAAUUAUCCACAAAUCCUAGUUAAUUCAUGUUUUAUGUAAUUUAAAUUUUAAGAAUAAAAUAAAACCUUUAUUUGAUGAAAUAUACACUUUUAAGUCCAAACAAUAUUCUAUUUAAAAUGUUCUCAAAGCAUAAAUAUAAUAAUCAACCAACAAAAUCAACUGAUGCAAAACUCUUAAAGAAAGUAUGUAAAUAGUGUAUUAAGAUAAUUUGAAUUAAAAUGAAAUUAACACUUUUUUUAAAUCUAAAAUGUGUUUUUGGAAUAUAACCCUUCAGAGUUGCGGACAUUUCAGAGGUGUCGUUUGUGGUGCGGCUGCAAUCUGGGAGUUUCUCGAGAACAAUGUGCCGUGAUGUUUAAUUGCCGGAGUGACCAGAUACGGUUGAGAUGCAGUACGAGGAGCUCGUACUGCAUCUCCUUGUUUGGCAGCUCUCGGCUCCACAAUGGCAAAGGUGACAAAGUGACUUUGUCCGCUUUGUGCGAGAGAAUUAGACUUUGUCUACGAGUUAACGUGGAGUU